UAUUAACCAAGUGCGUUUAUGUUGAGGAGUAUAAAAGUGACUCGCUGGUGAUCUCAAUACUUCAGUCAACCCCUGAUAGUGGAUCCAGUUGCUUUCUCAAAACACUUUAUUUAUUAAACUAGUCUGAAAUGGCUCUAGAACGUCAAGUCCGCGCCAAGGUUUUGGCUAAACGUGACCCGCAACAAGAGAAAGAAGCUCAAGAGUGGAUUGAAGCAAUUCUUGGCAAAAAAUUCCCACCUGGCGAAGCCUACGAAGAUGUUCUUCGUGACGGACAAGUCCUUUGUGAACUUAUGAACAAACUUGUUCCUGGAGCUAUUCCUAAAAUAAAUACUUCUGGUGGACAAUUCAAAUUGAUGGAAAACAUCAACAACUUCCAAAAGGCUAUGAAAGAAUACGGUGUCCAUGAUGUUGAUGUUUUCCAAACAUCAGAUUUGUUUGAGAAGAAAGAUAUCGCCCAGGUUACAACUUCACUUUUCGCCCUUGGUCGCACUACUUACUUACACCCAGAAUGGAAAGGACCUUACCUAGGACCCAAACCCUCUGAAGAAUGCAAGCGCGACUUUUCUGAAGAAACUUUACGCGCUGGACAGACAAUCGUUGGAUUACAAGCUGGAUCAAACAAAGGCGCUAGCCAAGCUGGACAAAACAUCGGUGCUGGACGUAAAAUCAUUCUCGGAAAGUAAAGACAAUAGUAUUUAUGCACAGUAAAAAAUUUUUCGUCAUUUUGUAGAGUGUUAAAAUUUGUGUGUUGAAUAUUACACUCUAGUGUGUAGAAUUUAACAUUCUCAUGUGUUGAUUUAAUAAACACACUAGAAUGUUUAAUUCUUCACACUAGAGUGUAAUAUUCAACACACAAAUUUUAACACUACAAAAUGACGAAAAAUUUUUUACUGUGUAUGUAAUGCCUUCAUUUUUGUCUCUAAAAUGAUCAAUGUUUUAUUUAUUUAAAUUUUUAUAUAAUUAAAUCAAUAUACAU